GCGUGCUCCUUCAGUCCGGCGCAAACAGUCCAAACCGAUUCACAUCCGGACUACGGCGCAAACAGUCGAAACCGAUUCACAUCCGGACUCCGGUGCAAACAGUCGAAACCGAUUCACAUCCGGGCUCCGGCGAAACGAGGGAAACUCGUCCUGCCCGUUCUCGAAACCGACUCUCGAUCGGGAGCGUCUUAUGAAAAUAUCGAUUCCGAGAGGCGGGAAGAAGAUCAAAGAUUUCGGUACGAAACGAGAGAAGCUUUUUCGGGGAACGCGGGAACCGUGCUGGGGCUCGACAGAGAAACUGAAAGUGGCGGACAACUGUUUUGCAACUGAUUACAGAACAGUGAAUGUGGUAAUGUGUCAGUGAAAAGUUUGACGGAACGGAAAUCGAGAAGAAGUGACGGGAAAUAGGAGAGGCUCCAGGGAAGAUACAGAAUGACAAACAGCAUGAAGCAAACGGUUAUUAAAAAUCCUACAUGGUGGAAGAGGCGUUCAGCCCUGGAACGGGGAUUAACUGUGAUCGCAGUUUCCGGGGUUCUUCUGUCCGUUGCGUUAGCUGUUGCACUUGGAAUUCUGGCGGCAAAUACUGCUUCCUGUAACGGGUCGCAGAGCAACGAUCAACCUGUUAAUCCAGAAGGAUUACCGUCCACAGCCGGCGCGUUGAACGGAUAUCAGCAGAGCAAAGACAUUCAGAUCGUGAGCAGACCGCCCUGCGACGAAGACAUAUGCUACACCCCGGAAUGCGUGCACACAGCGUCCAGGAUAUUGAAGAACAUGAAUCCGGAAGUGGAGCCGUGCGACGACUUCUACGAUUUCGCUUGCGGCGGGUUCCUCGAGACCACCAGCAUACCGGACGACAAGACCAGCGUGAACACGUUCACCGAGAUCAGCGACGAACUGCAAAAUCAAUUGAGGACCAGUAUUGAAGAGAAGAGCGCGGCCGACGAGCCGAAACCGUUCAGGCUCGCGAAGAAUUUGUACAAGGCUUGUAUGAAUAAAACACUAAUCGAGAAGCAAGGUUUGGACCCCUUGCUAAACAUUCUAAAAAAACUUGGUGGCUGGCCGGUGUUGGAAGGCGACAACUGGAACGAAAGCGAAUUUAAUUGGAAGGAAUCGGUGUACAAGUUUCGCAAGAUGGGUUAUUCCGUCGAUUACUUCAUCGAUUUCAGCGUCAGCGUCGAUCUGAAAAAUAGCACAAAAAGAAUAAUCGAUCUGGAUCAAGCAUCUCUUGGACUGUCCCGGGAAUAUUUGUCAAAAGGAUUCGAAGACAAAAUCGUGCAGGCAUACUACAGUUAUAUGGUGGACAUUGCAGCAAUUCUAGGGGGUGGUGAUAAAGAUACACUGAAGACAGAAUUGAAGGAAUCUCUGGAGUUCGAGAUGAAACUUGCCAAUAUCUCCCUGCCGAACGAGAAACGUCGUAACGCCACCCUCCUCUACAACCCCAUGACAGUGCGGGAAUUGUCCAAGUCUUAUCGCAGCAUUCCAUGGAAGGAGUACUUCAACACCCUGUUAGCGCCAAAUCUCGAAGUGGACGACGACGAAGUCGUAAUUGUUUGCGUUCCAAGUUACAUCUCGAGCUUGGAGAAGCUAUUGGAGUCCACGCCGAAAAGGGUCCAAGCGAAUUAUGUAAUGUGGAGGGCUGCUGCUUCAUCCGUGAGCUACCUAACCGAGGACAUCCGGAAAAGGCAGUUGCAAUACUCCACGGCGUUAAGUGGAAGAACGGAAAGGGAAGCCAGGUGGAAAGAAUGUAUCGACACCGUUUCCGGCAGCUUAGCCAUCAGCGUCGGCGCCCUUUACGUUAGGAAGUACUUCAAAGAGGAUGCGAAGAAGAACGCUGUGGAGAUGGUGGCUGACAUCAGAGCGGAAUUCACGGAGAUAUUGAAGAGGGUCGAGUGGAUGGACGAUGAAACUAGGAAGAGCGCGUUGGAUAAAGCGUCAUCCAUGUCUAGUCACAUCGCUUACCCGGAUGAACUGCUCGACGACAAGAAGCUCGAAGGCUUCUAUGAGAAACUUGAACUGACAACCGAUAAUUACUUGGAGGGUAUUCUGAAUUUAACUCUUUUCGGGGUGGAGUAUUCAUUCGGAAAACUAAGGAAGCCUGUAAACAAGUCUGACUGGAUAACUCACGGGAGACCGGCAAUUGUGAACGCAUUCUAUUCGUCCAUUGAAAACAGUAUUCAAUUUCCCGCUGGCAUACUGCAAGGCGCUUUCUUCAACAAUGAUCGGCCAAGGUAUAUGAAUUACGGGGCUAUUGGUUUCGUAAUUGGCCAUGAAAUAACUCAUGGGUUUGACGAUCAAGGCAGACAAUUCGAUAAAGCGGGAAAUCUCGUCGACUGGUGGGCGCCGCAGACAAAAGAAAAAUAUCUCCGGAAGGCGGAGUGUAUUAUUCACCAAUACGGGAAUUAUACUGUUGAAGACGUUGGUUUGAACCUAAAUGGUAUAAAUACUCAAGGAGAAAACAUUGCUGACAACGGUGGCAUAAAAGAGGCGUAUUUAGCGUAUAAGAAGUGGGUCAACCGAAAUUAUAAAGAGUCACGAUUACCAGGUCUUCCUUAUACACCGGAACAAUUGUUCUGGAUCAGUGCUGCGAACACCUGGUGCAGCAAGUAUAGACCGGAAGCAAUGAAACUCCGCAUCACCACUGGAUUCCACAGUCCAGGGAAAUUCCGUGUCCUAGGACCACUUUCAAAUAUGGAAGAAUUCUCGAGAGAUUUCAGUUGUCCUCUUGGCUCAAAGAUGAACCCUCAGAAGAAAUGUGCGGUCUGGUAAAUCAGACCUUGAUGAAUGGUUAGACGACUACAAAAGUUCUAGUAAGCGGCUACCAUUUUGUGAAACAUAUUCUUCGAUAUCAUGAAGGAUAUUAAUGGUUCGGUAGAUCUUCAACGGUUCCACCGAAAACCCUAAUUCUGUCUGAUCGAAACUAUUUUGGAUGAGAUUCACGUGAAUUUUGAACGCAUCGUCCAGAAUCCUGUUUGCAUCUGUUCGAAGAGGAUGACUAACAGUGACGGUGGUUGUUCGUGAAACUGAUGGAAUUCAAUUUUUAAAAGCAUGGUCGUGCUAUCACCGGGAGGAAUUGUUGUCUUCGUGAAACGAGUAUUGAAUUGCACGGUUGCGCUACCAUAAACGGUUCAUCCAUUGUAACAUUGUUUGAUAAUACAUAAGCCUUUUUAUAAGAGAAAGUUACAUGUUCGAUGAGUAUUGUACAUAGGAUUAAACGAACGAAUGAACGUAUCGGGGAUAAUGCGUCAUGACAAUUUCAAAUUUUAUAGAAUUACGUUGGGAAGAAAUCAGAUAUUAACCUGUUGUCGUUGGGUUCGAGGUCGUUAAAGAGAAGUGUGCACGUUGAACUGUGAUGAUUUUAUAGGAAUCGACAAUAAAUAUUGACACGAUCUUUUAGUUAAGCCGUUAAAAGUGACGCUCGCAAGGAACACCAGAAUAUUAUUCUUAAUUAUAUUUUUAAAUGAUAUUGUUCUAUCGACAUACAAGUCAAUACAUGUGCUUUUUGCUAUCUGUAUAAUGUUCGUUAGGCUCCGUUGAGCAGUGUAAGGUUGUUGAUUAGAGUUACCAUUUUUAAGUACUUAGGCGACAUAGUAUUAUUCGUAGUUUCUAAUAAUAAUUACUCUACAGGCAACGGAAAAAAAAGAAACCGCC